GUUGGGGGGGAACCUCAGCGGACAAGCGUGCCAAACUUUGCGCGGAGCGCCCGGGGCUGAUGGAGAGCGACCGGCAGCGCCUUUCCUCCAGCGCUCGCCCGCCGCGGCUGCCGCUGCCCGCAGAUGGGGGCGACGGGGCCGUCGUGGGGCCCCCUCCCAAGCCAUUGACUUCGUUUCUCAUCCAGGACAUCCUGCGCAAGAGCGAGGCGGGGGAGGCUUCCAGCGCGGAGCCCCAGGCAGGAAAGGCACCGCGCCCGCCUCGCCCCGACGGUGCUUCUCCCGGGGAGACCGGCCCGAGCGAUCUCAGCCUUCUCGGAGCCCCCCGAGCCUCCGAAACGGAUGCAACAGAUCCAGACAUCCAUCAGCCAAACUGUGAGCCUUCCUCCAAGCCCUUUAUGAGAACCCCCAAGCAGCUGAAGCGUUCACGGGCCGCUUUCUCCCACAGCCAGGUCAUUGAGCUUGAACGGAAGUUCAGCCACCAGAAAUACCUCUCUGCUCCUGAACGAGCCCAUCUUGCCAAGAACCUGAAGCUCACCGAAACCCAAGUGAAGAUCUGGUUCCAGAACAGAAGAUAUAAGACCAAGAGGAAACAACUGGCCUCUGAGCUUGGAGAACUGGACAAGAACUCGCCUCUCCCACUCUUCAGAGAGAACAAUUUCUCUAGGGCUACCCUAGCACUUUCUGUAUACCACACCUAUCAGUACAAUCCCUAUUUAUGUUAUCUGAACGGUUGGAGCCCAAUCUUUUGGUAAAUAACACUGUCAGUAAUCCAGGUCUCUCGGGGGUUUGUAUGUCUUCAUCCACCUCGCACUCCACACUAACUUUGCUACCAUGAAAUCGAUUGCCCAGGUAGACUUUGCAGAGCAAUUUGGUCAAUCUGUUUCCUCAGCCAUUUCUCGAGUUGCUGCCAAGUGUCCUCACUAUCCAUGCUGAGGGAUUAUCCAAAGAACACUCAUGAAUGCCGUAAUGUGAUUCUCUCUAUUUUCUCAAUGCUAGGCAAUCACAUACACCCAUUCAACAUAUGUAGUGACAGAAUUAUGGCCCCCUGAUUGAUGCAUUAAAACGUGGAGGCCCCAAAGCACCACUUUCCAGAAUAAGCUAAUAACUCUGGAGUGUGAUAAUAACAAAGACACGAGGUUUCGGCCUUAGUCAGUGAGGCAGAAUCGGACAACACAGAAGUUUUAUCAGUCUUUUAGACCUGGAACCUCCAUCUUAAAUGCAAUUUGGCACAUAACAGGGAUGUCAAACCCCAUUUCAUUGAGGACCGCAUCAGGGUUGUGUUUACCUCGAGGGGG